UCGUCAUGGCAUAUAUAUAACGUGAAAAAAGACCUUACUUUAUGCCAAAAAUCUCACCAGUCAGUUAGGCCCAUGAAAUGAAACCCCUUUUCCCAUUUUGGAGUGCCUCCUUUUCUUCUCUUAUAUAUAAAGCCAAGUUUCCUUCUAACACUCUCCACUCUCGCGCAUCACAUAGCCACCAAUCAAAGGCAUCUAAGUUAUGGCUCUCCAAGCCUUUUCGGUCCUAGUAACCAUGAUCAUGGCUAUAGCCCAUCGUGCAUAUGGCUCCGGCCGUGGUUCUACGGGCCUAGUCAGUGGUUUCAUAGAUCCACCAAUAGUUGGUAUAUGCUCUACUUCGGUGAUAAUUCAUGGGUACAAAUGCCAGGAGAUUGAUGUCAAAACUCAAGAUGGAUUUAUACUUAACAUGCAGCGAAUACCAGAAGGCCGUGCUGGUGGUGGUGACACCAAGAGACAGCCAGUCUUGAUACAGCAUGGUGUCCUUGUAGAUGGAAUGACAUGGCUUCUGAACCCACCGGAACAAAAUUUGCCAUUGAUUUUAGCUGAUAAAGGAUUUGAUGUAUGGAUUGCUAAUGCUAGAGGCACCCGAUAUAGCUGUCGACAUACCUCCCUUCAACCAUAUGAACCGGGUUUCUGGAAUUGGUCAUGGGAUGAAUUGGUGGUCUUUGAUCUUCCAGCUGUUUUUGACUAUGUGUACAGCCAAACUGGGCAGAAGGCACAUUACGUGGGUCAUUCCCUGGGAACCUUGACAGCUUUAGCAUCCUUCUCAGAAGGUUUACUAGUUGACAAACUGAAAUCAGCAGUGUUGUUGAGCCCUAUUGCUUACUUGGGCCAUAUGAACUCUGCACUUGAUGUUGCUGCUGCUAAAGCCUUUGUUGAGAUCACUACCCUAUUCGGUAUGGCUGAGUUCAAUCCUAAAGGGGAGCCGGUGGCGAACUUUCUCAGAGCUCUUUGUGGUUAUCCAGGAGUUGAUUGCUAUGAUCUAUUGACCUCAAUUAGUGGCAAGAACUGUUGCCUUAAUGCUUCCACGGUUGAUCUCUUCUUGAAGAACGAGCCUCAAUCCACUUCGACCAAGAACAUGGUGCACCUGGCUCAAACUGUUCGUGAUGGCGUUCUAGCAAAAUACAACUAUGGAAAUCCUGAUUUCAAUAUGAUGCACUACGGAGAAGCCAAACCACCGAUUUAUAACCUCUCCAACAUCCCCCAUGACCUACCUCUCUUCAUCAGCUACGGAGGGCAAGAUGCACUAUCCGAUGUUCGCGACGUUGAGCUCUUACUUGACAGCCUUAAGUUCCACGAUGUCGACAAACUUACAAUUCAAUACAUCAAGGAUUACGCUCAUGCCGAUUUCAUCAUGGGAGUAACUGCCAAGGACAUUGUGUAUAAUCAAGUUGUUUCAUUUUUCAACCAUCAACACUAAUUAUUUUUCAAAGAGGUCCUUAUAAUCUUAUAUUAAUUACUUGGUGAUAAAUCUUACCAUAAUCCUAAAGUAGUAAUUAUCUGCAGGGUGUCAUGUUAUAAAUAUAUGCACACGAGCCAUUAGGGCAAUGAGCAAUGUAAGCUGUCUGUUCAAUGAAACUGAUUAAACCGAAAACUUGAUUUGAUUAUAUGAUACAUAGUUUUUAAUCA